UCUCAGACCAGUGCAAUGAAUACUAAGCACAUGGCUUGCAUGGUUAUAAGUAGACGCCAUAUCUGGGCGAUGGCCCAAAUUCUUUUCAAACGCUAGAUGGAAGGGAACUUAAAGCACAUCUGAUAUCAUUCACGGAGUACGAACUCAUUCCUCUAGUUCCUUGGUGUGGCAAGACAAACAGGACGCGUACUCUAUUCUGCGAUAUGGGGCGAACACUGACAUAUCCCAAGCGGUCUUCCAACACUGUCAACCGCUACAAACACCGAGCCACUUAUGACUUGAAGGCAAUCCAUACCAUCGUCAAUUCGAGCCAGGUACUCCAUGUGUCUUUUUCCCCUGGGCCAUCCGAUCCUUUCCCCGCAAUUUUGCCCAUGAUCGGGCAGAUGGGCUCAUUCGAUUACCCGUCGGCCGGCAUUGACGAACCCUUGGACUGCUAUCUUCAUGGAUAUGUCAGCUCACGGAUUAUGAAUCUGGCUCGGGACUCUGAGGGUGAUGGAUUGCCCAUUUGUGUCGCUGCCAGCAGAGUGGAUGGGUUAAUCCUCUCCUUAACGCCUAAUUCACACAGUUAUAACUACCGGUCCGCUGUAUUGCACGGAUAUGCCAAAUUAGUGACUGGCGAAGCUGAAAAGCUCUACGCAAUGGAAUUAAUCACCAACUCAGUACUCUCCGAUCGCUGGGAGCAUUCUCGAGUGCCACCAGACAGUGCAGAAAUGUCUUCUACUGUCAUCCUCAAGGUCAAAGUCGUCGAUGGUAGUGGCAAGAUCCGAGACGGUGGUGUUUCGGAUGAAAAGAAGGAUACAACGAACGAUGAGGUCACCAGCCGUGUCUGGACCGGUGUUGUGCCCGUUUGGGAGACAUUUGGAGAGCCCGUUCCAAGUCCUGAGAACAAAGUAACAGAAGUGCCUGACUAUAUCACUCGGUUUGUCGCAGAUAAGAAUAAUCAAAAUCGGCGGUAUGCACAGGAGGCAGUUCAUAUGACACUUCCCCUUGAGGAACAGCAUUAGUUCUGUUGGCUUAAUGGGUCCAUUCCUUGCUUUUAUUAUCAAGUUUAUGACUAUAAGGACGAUUUAUGAUAGCUAGAAGCGCCGAAUUUACUAAAUUACAAACUCACUGUCAGUGGCAUCUGGAAGCUUACUACGAGUCAGGUAGGUUGGGCGAGCUGUGGUUUACAAUAAGUAGAAGAAGAAGAGAUUUGGCAAAGUUAAUAUUGUCUCCUUUCGUUGUACCCCGAAAUAUAAUUACAGCGGAGAAUGAGUUGCAAUA